UGGUACCUACUUCGUGAAACAGUUCCGCAACCCUGAUCAGAAAACCAGCAGCCUAAUCGUCAGCGGCUAUCACUGCCAUCUCGAUUUCGUACGCACCUCAGUUCGCGUUCAUUUUUCGUUCUCAAGUGCACCCAUAUCUUCUCGUAACCUCGCGAGCGUCAUGUUCCUGCGAAAUCUGUGCUUGCUGUUCGUGCUGUCUCGUGGGACUGUGUGUUACCGCAACGGAGCGCCGGCUGGCGCCUGCGAUCACAUGACGCCCAAACACGGUCCUGGCAUCGUGCCGUCCACCGACAAGGGCAACCUUGGCCUGUCUGCCACGCUCGACGACAAGCGAAUCGCCAAAGUGCUCUUGGUUGGGACCUUCAAGGGUUUCCUCAUCAAAGCAGUGAACAAAGAUGGCGGCCUGGUAUCUGGAAAGUUCGCCAUUGACAACAGUUUUAUGAAGGGAGUGGACUGCGAUGGCCACAAAGAUAGUGCCGUCACUCACGUGAACAACAGCGAAAAAAGCUCUGUCUCGGUCACAUGGACAGCUCCGGACAGCUUCACUGGAGACGUCAUGUUCAGGGCCACCGUCGUGAGGACAAAGCCCGACUUCUACGUUGGCCUGAUGUCAUCGGCCGUGAAGAUACAGGCCCCGUCGCCAAGCGACAACCAUAAAAGUGACAAGGACGGCAAAACUGGGAAGCAGGAUAGUAGCGCCACAUCGCUGUACGGGCUCCCUGUCUGGCCGCUUGCUCUCGUCCUCAGCUGCGUCGCCCUGAACGCACGUCACUGGCUAGCGUUCCCUUAGGUUGUACAUGGCCUGACCACGGCCGCUAAAUAAA